CACUUUUGGGUUGGACGUGCCAUUAUUUGUCAUCCAUGGUGCAGCCGACGUUCAUCGCGAUGCUGCUGGGCGCGGGGCUCUUGGCUCAUGUACAUGCCGCUGGCUUCUUCGUGUGCCCUGGUCAAUGCGAAGCCAUGUUCCUUCCACGAGACAUGGACGACGUCGACGACUGCUCGUGCUCAACCAAAGCGACGAUUCCUUCCAGGGCAUUGCUGAGUCAAGGCUUUGGUGAUGAUUCCUCUUCGUACCGUUGUCCCAAGGACUCGUCUGCCAAGGCCCUGCAUCCGCGGUCCUUUGACGAUUGUCUGUGUUCGGAGACAGCGCCGCAUCGCGACGACAAGGCAGGGCAAUGCGUAACGGAGAUCACAUGCAGCGGCAAGUACGGCCUCAAGGCCGGUGUGACGACAGCUCGCUCCCUGGCGGACUGCGACUGCCUCGACCCGUACACGAAGGACGAGUCCACCGGCGAAUGCCGCCUGACGCAUUGCCCGCGCGCCGCCAACUACGUGAUCAAGGCCGGCGUCGUCCACGUGCACUCUCUUGUCGACUGCGACUGUUUAGCGCCAUACACCAAGAACGCUCAGAGUGGGGAAUGCUACGUCCGCUUUGAAUGCCCGCCGCACGCGUCACCCCCAGUUCAAGGCGUGGCCAAGUCCGUAGGCGACUGCACAUGCGACUGGGGAUUUGUCCGGCCCCAAGUCAAGCCAGACAACUCGUCCUCCAACAACGAUCCGUACUGUGUCGCAGAAAACCCGACAUUUGCCUGUCCUCCCCACGCACGUCCAGUGUCGGCCACCGUCCAGAACUUUAUGGACUGCGAAUGCGCCAACGGGUUCCACCGGCUGGACAAGCUCGAGCGAUGCGUCGAAGACGUCGACGGCCAUUCGCCCUCGUUGCGUGGCAAUGACGUAGCAUCCCCUCGUGCCACCGACAUUAUAUUUACCUGCCCCGACUUUUCAGUCCCCCUCGCCCCGCAUCCGUACUCGAUGACCCAAUGCCGGUGCCUUCCCGGAUUUGAGCCCAACUUGAACAUGCAAACUUGCGACUGGACGCCCGACUACUUUGUCUGCCCGCCGCACUCUUUCAAUCCGUACCCUGCGCUCCCCCCCCUGGACUUUAUGGACUGCCACUGCGCCAAGGGAUUCCACCGGCACGAUGCAACCGGUACUUGUGUAGCCAAGACCAGAAUCGGGGCCAAUGGAUGCCCCGCGGGUGCGCUCGCGGAGACGUGGCCAGUGCACGAUCCAAACUGGGACUGCUUUUGUCCCCACGGCGAGGAGUACAACAUCGAAGAAGAGGGUGGCGCCUAUAGGCGGACGUUGGGGAAGGAGGACGAGGUGCCGUUUGAGAAGUCCGACUGGACACUGACAUGCAAACACGCAGGAGAUGAUGAAGGGGGGGUCGACGGGUGCCCGCUUAACGCUGUGAUGAACCACUGGCCGGUGCUUGGAGUGGAAGAUUGUUCGUGCAAAGCCGGGUACGACAGCGUGGUCGCUCCAGACCACAAGCUUGGAAUCACGUGCAAUCGAACGGAUGGGGAUGAUUCGAUGAUUCCAAAGUGUGUGGCGGACGGCAUGACACGGAGCCCAGCAGACAACGUGUGUCGAUACCCGGCAGAGGACGUCGGAACGACCUCAGCAACGGGCCAUAUUGUCGUUAACGGCAACGAGUUGGCGUUUGUGCUCGUGGAAGAAGACAUCAUGGUUACUCAAGGUGACAUUGCUGUGGGCACGUCAUUUGGGUACCUUGGAGAAGGCGACGACGAUCUGUUGUUUUACAUGCUACAUGGGUACUACAACAAGGAACAAGAGUCGCGCUGGAAAGAGGCGACCAUGUGCUUUACGAUCAACCAAGCCGUGCGACACCGCCGCGACGACAUUUGGAGCGCCAUGUCACACAUCAGCGCCACCACUGGAUUUCACUUUCUCGAAUGCCAAGAAGACUAUUGCGACGAUCACUUGACCGACUGCGACGACGUUGUGGACGUGAUCCAGACAUCGUCCGGUUGCUGGUCGUCGAUUGGGCGCGUGGGGGGCCGCCAAGCGCUCGGUGUCUCAGACGGAUGCGCUCGUGGAAACCUCAUCCAUGUGCUUCUGCAUGCCGUGGGGCUGCAUCACCCGACAGUCCGCCCCGAUCGAGAUGCGCAUGUGCAGAUUGCAUGGGAGUGCGUGGAAAGUGCCAAGCGAAGUUACCUCAGUGUGGAGGAGCGUGUUUACGACGUAGUGGACAAUGUAGUGAACGUCCCGUACGACUAUUUUAGCCUCAUGCACCCGAGAGCAGAUGUGUUUGUAAACAUGUCGAUGGCGGGCGGAGGGUGCAUGACUUUGUUUCCGCUGAUUGAAGAUCCGUUCGAGCGGCAGGCGGUGAUGACGGGUAUGGGCCAGCGCGACCAGCUGUCGCUCACAGAUAUCCACUAUGUGUGGGCGUUGUAUCCCGAACUCAAGCAAGCAGCAAAAGAGUCGCUGCUGACUCCAGAAGGAACUAACCACUACCAUGAAGCGAGACUGCACACCAAGCAAGAUGCGACACCGUUCCGUCCCGUGUCGACGUCGGGCGCCGUGGGGGCGGCUGUGUGUGUCGUCGCGUUUGUGGCCAUCGUGGGCUUUGCCACGUUUGAAAUGCGAAGGGUCGCGCGGAAGACCAAGGCAGAGGACGAACGUGACGACUACUCGGACCCGUUGCUCACAGACCCCAUCUACGACUGAGCUACUAUGUAUGCCUGUGGGGGUUUGCAACGACUACUACCGGUACUACAUACUGGUACUAGUAUCUACUACCACCGUUACUAUGAAUCGUUUUACAGAAGUAGUAUACUAUACAAAUCCUAUUAAUAGUACACUACAUACUAGUGGGUUGUAGCAAGCACAAUUGAUGAAAAAUACUACUAUUAUAGGUAGUAAC